CAUUACUCAACUCAAAUACCAGGUUUCUUAGUUUCUUGAAUUAGCUACACUCAAUAAUGUCUCGAAUAUUUAUUUGUUUGUUCGUCUUGAUUGGAGCUAUGUCUGCCGUGAUGUGUCAGCUCCCAGGUCACGUCGGAGUAUGCAACGGGCGACUCGGCAACAACCUACCGUCGGAGCGGGACGUCGUGGAGCUCUACAAGGCCAACGGAAUCAAGAGAAUGCGAAUCUACGACCCCAACUCGAACACCCUAGCCGCCCUCCGCGGCUCCGACAUCGAGCUCAUCCUCGACGUCCCCAACAUCGACCUCCCCUCCCUCCAAUCGGACGCCACCCAAUGGGUCGAAACCAACGUCCGCCCCUACUUUCCGGCCACCAAAAUCCGCUACAUCGCCGUGGGCAACGAAAUCGACCCCGACAAACCCGAAACCCGAGAAUUCGUCCCUCAACUCCUCCGCGCCAUGGAGAACAUCCACAGAGCCCUCACAAAAUUCCAACUAGAAAACCAAAUCAAGGUCUCGACGGCGACAUAUUCCGCCGUGUUGCAAGACACAUCCCCUCCAUCGAGAUCCUCCUUCAAGGAAAGCGGCUUCAUGCCUCCGGUGGUGAAGUUCCUGGCGUCGAUCGGAUCUCCGCUUCUAGUGAAUAUAUACCCUUACUUCGCCCGCGUCGGAGACCCCUCCAGAGUGAAGCUCGAAUACGCUUUGUUUACUUCUCAAGGAGUUGAGGUUUUCGAUAAUGGCUUCGAGUAUCGGAAUCUCUUUGAUGCGAUGGUUGACGGCGUUUACUACGCGAUCGACAAGGCCGGGGGACAAGGCGUCGGGGUGGUGGUGUCGGAGAGUGGGUGGCCGUCGGGGGGCGGAGGAAAUGAGGAGACGGUGGCGAAUGCCGAGACGUACUACCAGAAUUUGAUCAGACACGUCGGCGGCGGGACGCCGAAGAAGGGGGGGGCGUUGGAGACUUACUUGUUUGCGAUGUUUGAUGAGAAUGAGAAGCCGGGAAAAACAACAGAGCGCCAUUUUGGCCUUUUUAAUCCUAAUAAGACUCCUAAAUAUAAUAAGCUAGGAUUAAGGAGUGGUUAAUUAAGCUGUGUUUCGUUGAUGAGUUAAUUAAAGUGAGAAUUGUCUCUUAGAUGAGAAAUAAGAGAUUGAUGUAUGUUAUUGAUUGUUGCCAAAAUAAUGGACAAGAUUAUAAAGUUGUUCCAA